UACUCUUCAUGCUUAUGCAACUGAAUAAGGUGUUGCCCUUAGUAAAUGUCCCUGCUUUGCUGUUUGCUGGCUGGCUGCACACUGUUCUCUGCUCUCUGUAAAAACAAUAUGGCAGCAGCAGCAGCAGCAGCAGCAACUACAAAUGAAUCAGUCAUGAAUGUUUGGUACCUGGAGAAUUGCAACAUUGACAUUUUAGACAGUGGAAAGACUGUGAAGGAUUUCAUAGACAGUAAAACAAAAAAGCUUGAUUCAGUGGGCGAUGAAGGACCAUUCUAUGUGGCAAAUCUAGAUAAUAUAUUCAAAAGACACCUCAGGUGGCUCACAAACUUACCUCGAGUCAAGCCUUUCUAUGCGGUGAAGUGCAACAACGAAGCAGCAGUUUUGAGGAUGUUGAGUGCUCUGGGCACAGGUUUCGACUGUGCUAGCAAGGGUGAGAUCCAGAGAGCCCUGUCCCACGGAGUGACACCUGAUAAGAUCAUUUACGCACAUACAACCAAACCACUGUCACACAUCAAAUAUGCCCGUGCUCAUGGAGUAAAUCGGAUGACUUUUGAUAGUGAGGAAGAACUCCUAAAAAUUUCUCUCUGUCACACCAAAGCCAAACUUGUACUCCGCAUCGCAGUGGAUGACUCUGACUCACUGCUACAACUCAGUGCAAAGUUUGGAGCCAAACUGGCGUCAGUCGGUAAGCUGCUGGAACGUGCUGCAGAGCUGGGCUUGGAGGUCAUUGGGGUCAGCUUUCACGUAGGCAGCGGGUGCACUGAGAGUGGGGCGUUCAAGCAGGCCAUCGCAGAUGCCAGAAGCGUCUUUGACAUGGGGAAACUGCGUGGCUUCCAGAUGACUCUCUUGGAUAUUGGUGGAGGGUUCCCUGGGAGAGAGGACUUCCAAAUUAAAUUUGAAGAGUUUUCAGAAGUCAUUAAUGGAGCACUGGAGGAAUACUUCCCUCCUGACAGUAAGGUGCAGAUUAUUGCAGAACCCGGCCGAUACUAUGUGGAUUCAGCCUUCACACUGGCAGCAAACAUCAUUGCUAAAAGAGCGAUCUUAGAUGAUGUGGGCGAACAUAACGACGUUGAGAAAAGCAGCCCUGACAGAGUGAUGAUGUACUACCUUAAUGACGGAGUGUAUGGCUCCCUGAGCUUCCUGAUCAAUGAUCCUGCCCACUCCGAGGUUGAGCCAUACCUCAACAGAACUGUUGAGAGCAGUGAGCAGAGAUACCGGUCUGUGAUCUGGGGUCCAACCUGUGACAGCAUCGACAAAGUGAUCGACAACUUCUGGAUUCCUGAGCUGCACGUGGGGGACUGGCUCUUCGUUGACAACAUGGGUGCUUACUCUGUUUGUUCAUCCACCGACUUCAAUGGCUUUGAAAGGGCACAAGUCUACCCUGUUGUAACAACUGAAACAUGGCACGCCUUAAACAAUUUUGACAUCAAUAACAUCCAUUGAUGAUCUGGUAACACGUCUGUUGGACGAUGCUUCUAUAUGAUAUACACUGGGUCAUCUGUGAGUAAUAGCCCGGCUGUUGACACCAAGCUGUUUCUCUGCACUGGUCAACAAGCAAUUCUGCUUUGUUCUCUUCUAAAUAACCCAUUCAUCCAUCAACCCACUUCCUUCUGCCUAUUCUGGGCCGAGUUGCGAGGGCAGCAGGUUAAACGAGGUAUUCCAGAUGUACCUCUCCCAAGCAACGUUUCCAGCUCUUUCCUAGGGGACAAUAAAAAAUAUAUCGUA